GAGAACUGCCACAACGAGACCGCUCUCUACUUCUGAGACUACCGACCAAGUUGCAUGCCCGGUCUCUCUAAAUUUCCCUCUCAGAUCUCCCUUCGCCUCCCCUAUCCUGAUUUGGAUCGCGCCUGGAGUUAUUGCGAGUCAAACGUUGUCUUAAGUGUAGGCCGGCGCACCAGAGGCACGAGCAGCUUGUGUUGCCUCUCCGGGCUGCGAAAGCUGAUGUGACAGCGGGGGGUUUCUCCAACGAGAUGUACAAGACUCGUGGAAUUGGAAAUUGAGGGCGAAUCAGAACAACUUGCAGACGCGAGUCUGUCCUCGAGAGCCAACUCAAGCAUCAGAAGGCGGCCUCAUCAUUCUCCUUGCAAGUUCCAAGGGCUGCGCUCAGCGAGUUUUCUGCUCGUGUUCUGGCAGUGCUUUACCCAGUCAAAACAAAGCAAGAUUCUCUCGUCAUAGGAAGAGCUCCGGGUCCGCACUCGAUCUUCUUCGUUAUCGGAGUCGACGGAUGCAUGCGUGCGUGCCCGAAGUUGCUGGACUCGAGGGGUUACUAAAUUGGUCCUGAAGUUCCUUCCUGCAGGAGUGGAGCAGAGAAAGCAUCCGGAAUUCUUGUUUUAUGCAUGCUUUGCUGCGAUCGACGUUCAUUUAUAUUUCGUUCUGGCCCGUCGGUUUUUCUGCCUGAAUACUUGACAGAUCUCAUAACCAAGCCUAUGGAACCUGAACUACAAUUUCUUGGCUGCGGCGAAUGAUGAACUCUUCUCCAAAUUUCGGCUCCAAAGCUCAUGUGCAGAACCGGACUCCAGAUUGUGCCUCCACGAAUUCUCACGACUGUACUAGAACCCGACAGAGAUACAGCGAGAAUAGCUGUGGUGGUCUCCACGUACAGCCCCCUGAAUGAACGUCAGUCGAGUCUGAUUGCUGAGGAUCUGUGCAUACAACACCGGCGUACACACUUUCAUUUAGCGACUGAUAAAGCUUUGUGAUGGCAGCCGCCGCCUGCGCAUGCAUCACUGCAGGCUUGGCCACGUCAUUAAGCCCUGCAAACUCGAAAGAGAAAUGGGAUAGUCUUCAGGCCAUUUGUUCAGUCUCUCCUGCCGCACGCCGGAGCACGACACCACUCCCCCGGGCUCAGAACGCCUCAGUGUCUCGUUCGUCAGGGGAAAACUACUCGAGCUUUUGGGGCAAAGAAAGCUGCGGCACCCUUCUUGGUCGGAAUCAGGCACAACAAAGCCUUGCUGCGUGUUCAUUCAGAUCCGUCCCUCUUGUGGAAUCAAGACUUUUCGGGCCGGCAAUUUUUGAAGCAUCAAAACUACGUGUGCUCUUUCUUGGAAAAGAGGAUGACAAGGGCCACCUGCAACAGCCUCGAAUUUACACUCUAACUCACAGUGACGUCACUGCCAAAAUCACUCUGGCUGUCGCUCAAGAGAUCAACAAAGCGCAGUUGAUGGGCUGGUAUAGUCAGCUGCAACGGGAUGAGGUGUUGGCGGAAUGGAGGAGGACAAAGGGGGAAAUGACUCUUCAUGUACACUGUCAUAUAAGUGGGGGCAACUGGCUUCAUGACAUCAUAGCCAAGCUCCGAUUUUACAUCUUUCGGAAGGAGCUACCGGUGGUUCUGGAGGCUUUCAUGCAUGGGGACAGAGAUCUAUUUUCGAAACAUCCAGAGCUACAAAGUGCACCUGUUUGGGUGUAUUUCCAUUCGAAUAUGGAAGAGUACAACCGCAUGGAAUUCUGGGGACCUCUAUCUGAGGCUACUAAGGGAGCAUCAGAACUACAAAAGGAAGCAAUACACCAAGCUCUGGACGAGAUAGUGAAGAAUGAGAAGAAGCAGCAAUUUCCCAAGCCCACAUGCUCCGUUCAGUGUGAAUGCUGUUCUCGUCACGCAGCUGUGAUCCCAAUCCCCGAGUCCUUUAGAAUGCAUGCACGAUCUCACGAGCACAGAGAGCGUGGCGUCCCUCAAUGAGAUGUUCUUACAGUAGCAGUUUUACGGAUUUGACGACUUUUCUAGCGAGUUCUUGUCGGAUGAUCAUCGGUCAAGGGAGUAAGUAUAUAGUGGAGGACAAUCGAGGACGUGCCUUCAGCAGUUCCAAACACUUUUGGGCAGCACAUGCCGAGUCCAGCUCCGAAUGUCUUACAGUAAACUCAUGUCCAGAUUGUAAAGGAGGAAUGAAACCAGGAAAGGACAGAAGGAUUUUUCCGGGCAGGCAGUCAGUUGCAAGGCACUGCCGCAGUUCCAUCUGGAAGACGUGGAGACGACGAGGCAUGAAAUUAUUGAUGAUGCGGCAAGAACCGUGUUCAGUACAUUGUAGAAUAGCGACUGGCUAAACAUAGUUCAUGUUAACAUUGAUGUAUAUAUCCGUCAUGAAUCAUUCUUGUUAUUCUCGAAUAGUACGGUACAUUUAGUUAGUUUGUAGUUACCUUCAGAAUAACACCUCGCUGGAGGUAGUUUUUUCAAUAGAUGUAGAUAGUUAUGUAGAUUCUGAGGGACCUCAUCGACGGUCCGAGACCUAGAUAGUCAGUGACUUUUUGGCUCCAUUGGCCAGCACAAAAUUCGUCGACACGAUGUGUACAUUCUACAUAUUUCUAAUCAGCUAUUACAUAUUUUUAUAUGAAAAUUUUUUGUUAAUGCUACGGCGGAACAGUUGUUAAGCGGGCUAUUAGCCAGCUAAAAGGGAAGUGUCAAAAAGUGAUCCAGUUCUUGCGAUAUAUCAACAGGAGAGAAGAGUCUUUGGGCGAGUGUCAUGUGUGCUUGCUCCGCCGCAGAUUGGAGGAGGCAAACCACGGGCAGGUGGCAAAAUGCGGGCAGGUUGAAACCCCCGUGUCCUGAUGGGGGCCCCAGAGCAAAUGCAAUUUGAAGGUGUGACGAGUACGUUUCAAGGCGAAGACGGUGAGGUGAUUACGAUAGGCUUAGACAGAACAUGAUGUCGUCUUCGUGAAGAAAUCAAUCCGGCUUAAGUAGAGGCUG